AUGGGUCUAGGUGGACCAGCACCCACCUUGCCCUUCACUGAACCACUGAAAGGAGGUUUCAGUGUUCAUCUUAUUCACAGAGACUCUCCAAAGUCUCCAUUCUACAACCCCAACCAAACUCAUUUUCAGAAACUGAACGACUCUUUCCACCGUUCUUUCAACCGUGUGAAUCACUUCUACCCAAAACCAAAAGCUUCCCACAACACACCGCAGUCUGUGAUGACCUCCAACCAAGGAGAGUAUCUCGUGAAGUACGCCAUCGGAACGCCACCCUUUGAAGUGAUGGGCAUUGCUGACACGGGGAGUGAUCUCAUUUGGUCACAGUGCAAGCCUUGCGAACAGUGUUACAAUCAAACCAGUCCAUUGUUUGACCCUUCCAAAUCCAAAACCUACCAACCCGUCUCUUGCUAUUCCAGGGUGUGUGAUUCUCUAGGUCAAACUUAUUGCUACUCUGAUGCUGAUCCCAUUUGCCAGUAUGCCAUCUCAUACGGUGAUGGAUCUCAUUCAGAAGGAAUUCUUGCCUUUGACACACUCACUUUGGGUUCUACUACAGAUUCCUCUGUUGAAUUUCCCAAUAUUCCCAUUGGCUGUGGUGUUAACAAUGCUGGUACAUUUGACUCUGAAGGCUCUGGCAUAGUUGGGCUAGGAGGUGGUGUUGUGUCACUUAUCUCCCAGAUAGGUCCUUCAAUUGAUUACAAAUUCUCCUAUUGCUUGGUACCUAUGUUUGAUUCCAAAAGCUCUAGUAAAUUAAAUUUUGGAGAAAAUGCUGUGGUGGAUGGUCCUGGAACAGUUUCUACACCAAUUAUUCCUGGUUCGGUCGAUACUUUCUAUUAUCUGAAAUUGGAGGGAAUGAGUGUGGGAUCCAAAAGAAUAGAGUUUGUAGAUGAUUUAACGUCAGAUGGUGAAAAGGGUAACAUCAUAAUCGACUCAGGAACAACUCUGACUAUUUUGCCAGAAAAAUUUUACGCCAAAUUGGAGUCAGAAGUGGCUGCUAAGAUCAAUUUAGAACGUGUUAAUAGCACAGACCAAAUUCUAAGCCUUUGUUACAGCACUCACGCACAUAAUGCAGUUGAGGCUCCACCUAUUAUUGCACAUUUUAGUGGUGCCGACAUUGUGCUGAAUUCUUUGAACACUUUUGUCAGUGUUUCUGAUAAUGUUUUGUGCUUUGCUUUUGCCCCAGUGGCAACCGGUUCCAUCUUUGGAAACUUAGCGCAGAUGAAUCACUUGGUUGGAUUCGAUUUACUGAGGAAGACUGUUUCCUUUAAGCCCACUGAUUGCACCAAGAUGUAA